CAUACCAGGACGCAUGACACUGAAAUAAAAAAUAACAAAAGAACAAAAGACAGACAUGAAAAACUUUUUUUUUUGGUCUCUUAGCCUAGACGAGUGUUUCACAAGUUCUCUUGUGUUGUUUGGCUGCAUGCCGCUUUCUGGCCAGCGCCUCCUCUUCUGCCUUCGCUCUUCUUGCUGCAGCAGCACUUGAGGAUGGCUGGCAGUCACACUCCCUCCUUCGUUCCAUCUCCUUUAGGGUUGCCUGCUUCCUCAGAGCUUUGUCUUUGGUUCCGGCCGAUAUGAUGUUGUGGCACAUCCUUUGGUCCACUGGCCUAUACUUCAGGUCUUCUCCUUUGAACAUCUCUACUGCCAACUGCUUCCAGGUCAUUAUAAGAAUUAUCCAAUAAUGUUUUGCAAUUCUAGUGUGCAGGGCAGCCUCCGUCCCCACCCCCAAAAAACUCUCCUGUUCCACAUGAUUCACAUUAAUGACUCAAUCGACCAAAACGGCAAUUGUAGCAGAAAAGCGACAAGUUUGCAGGUGUGGAUUGGUAUUGGUUGAACUGGUUUGGAGAAAUAACGUUCCUCAUGCUUCAGAAAGGCACCAUGGUGAUAAUGAUUUCCUGAAUGAUUACCUGGUAACUCGUCUACAGCGAUGUGAGGAAUAUUGAUUGUUACUCUGGAUAUUCACAGUGAUCUGCAUGAGACGCUCGUCACUGUAAUUUAGUUGUAUUGAUCAGAAAUAGAACAAUCAGGGCUCAUGUUGUUGUUAAUUUGAAUGUGACAUCUUGGUUAUCUGGCGUCCUCUGUUACCAUGGUUACAAGCCUGCUCGUGCACAGCAGGCUCCUCCUCUGUGGGUUGGGUUAUGGUUAGGGGCUUAGAAGGCAGAGAGGAAGGAGGACUGACCUGGGAGCUGUAUCAUUCAAACUUCUGACAAAGACCACUUUUUUGUUGAAACUCCAGACUGCAGCUUUAAUUCUGACUGCUGUCUCAUUAACAGAACGGUCACACGUCCACAGUGAGUCAUGUAACAGAAGAGAACCCCCCACCGUCUUUAAAUUCUGGAGAUCCGCCACUGUGCCCAGUUUGGGUCCAGGCUCAGCGUGGCCAGUCACUGCGCAUGCGCAAACACCGGUGUCUGGUGUCACCCUGCAAGCAGCUGUUGAGACCAUGAACGGUCGGACUGAAGCAGCAGAGAAAACACACCCAGAAUAAGCGUGGACGCGAUACAGACCCAGUGCUGACCCGGUACAGACCCGGUACAGACAGUGGCGGACUGCAGUGAAAGCCGCCGAUCUGCAGCCGGAGCUAACCGGGCUAAUAGUGCUAACAGACCGUCAGCUGUUAUCGAACGAAGCUAACAGGCUAACUGACACCACGCUGCUUCGCACUGACCUGUUCUGACCUGUUCUGACCUGGAUCAGGUUCUGAACUAUCUGAACAUCCUUCGACCUUCUCCAGGUUUAACCGUCGGUUCCUGGUGGACUUCUGUCGGGUAACGGAGACUUACGAGCUAGUUCCAGAAUACCGUGGGCUCAGCCGGCCAGGACCGCUCCGACCCGGUUCGGUUUGAGGACCGGGAGUCAGGAUGCUGAUAGCAGCGGUCGGUGCCGGAAGUGGAAACACCGCCUCCGCCAGCAAGAAACACCGACGGAGAGGCAAAAAACACCGGAGAGUUCGACCAGAGGAGAACCGGCUUGAUGCUCCGUGUGACCUUCAGAGUCUGAACGCCAACAACAACGCCCACCACACCACCCGGCUGCCCCCCCCCAGUAGUCCUGAAACACCAUCCCCUCCAUCAUCAGGACCAUGUAUCAACAACCCUCAUGACUCCACUACCUGUCAGACACACCUCCAGACCACCACCUCACUGUCUGAACCCGCCCCACCCCCCCUCCAGAGUAUCCCCCCAACCCGCUCACCCCCUCCUCCUCAGAAGACCCCUGACACCACACCACCCGAUCUAGAUGCAGCAGAUUUACCUGUAGCCGCCCUGAUACCUCCUGAAAGUACCCUCCAGUCUGCCCCGCUGCCCCAUCCAACCCAGACAGUCCCAGUGACUCCUCAGAUUUUCACUACAUCUCACCAUGCAGCCCACAGUCCCAGCCAGUCACCGCCAAAUGUUUACCUAAAUGUUACCCAGAAUUCCUCCAGAUUGGCUCACAGAACUCUUCAAAGUAUCAGUCUUCCUGACAGUCAAUCAGAUCACUUUGAAUCCCCUCCAGCCAUACCACACAAUAUUACCCACAAUGCCUCCGGAUUACUGCCAGUUUCUGCUCAGCAACCUGACAAAGCUCCUCCCAGUCCUCCAUUAAGCCCCUCCCACCCUGACCCCUUCUUAUUGACCUCGAUGACCUUCACCUCCAGUGUCUCCUCCCACCUCUGCUCCUCUACCGUCUCUGUCCCCUGCUCCCUCGACUCUCUACCCCCUCCCAUUGGCCUGCUUCCAAUGAUGUCAUCAGCUACCCCUCAGUUGACCACACCUCCUCCAACUAUGAGUCCACCCCCUACGGAGUUAACACCGCCUCCUCCACAGCUGCUUGGCUCUGACGAUGAAGAGCAGGAAGACCCCUCAGAUUACUGCAAAGGUGGUUACUACCCAGUGACGAUCGGUGAUCUGUUCAAUGGGAGGUACCAUGUGGUCAGAAAACUGGGCUGGGGACAUUUCUCUACAGUCUGGCUCUGCUGGGACCUGCAGAAAAAGCGUUUUGUGGCGUUGAAAGUGGUCAAGAGCGCUCCACAUUACACCGAGACGGCUCUGGAUGAGAUCAAACUGCUGCGAUGUGUGAGAGACAGUGACCCGUCUGACCCCUACAGAGAAACUGUUGUCCAACUGAUUGACGACUUCAAGAUCUCUGGAGUCAAUGGAGUCCAUGUCUGUAUGGUUCUGGAGGUUUUGGGUCAUCAGUUGUUAAAAUGGAUCAUAAAGUCAAACUAUAUGGGACUUCCUCUGGUCUGUGUCAAGACCAUCAUCAGACAGGUGCUGCAGGGACUCGACUACCUCCACACAAAGUGUAAGAUCAUCCACACUGACAUCAAACCUGAGAACAUCUUAUUGGAUGUCGAUGAGAUUUACAUCAGGAGAUUGGCGGCUGAGGCGACCAUCUGGCAGAGGGCUGGGGCUCCACCCCCCUCGGGGUCAUCAGUUAGCAUGGCUCCCAGGGAUCUACAGGCGGGUAAGCUGUCUAAGAAUAAGAAGAAGAAGUUGAAGAGGAAAGCGAAGCGUCAGCAGAGACUGUUGGAGGAGAGGCUGGUGGAUAUACAGAGGAUGGAGGAGGAAGACGGACUGUUACAACCUGACGACACUGACAGUAACUGUCCUCUGGUCGUCAAUGGCAACACUUCCCGCUCCACAGCUAACAGCAAAGCGAGCCCAGAGUCCACCGGCUCCUGGUUGGAGGACAGGUGUAAUGGCCACGCCCCUGGUCGCUUCUCCAGCCCCGCCUCCGGCCUAUCAGGAUUUUCCAGCUCUGUGAUGUCAGCAACAUCUGAGUCAGCACUUUCUACUCAGUCGGGAUAUUCGAGCGGACGAGAUGUCUUCAGCGCUUCAGACUUUGUCCUCAGUCCUCUCGAUCCGCUCAACGCACACAAACUUAGAGUGAAGAUUGCUGAUCUGGGAAAUGCAUGCUGGGUGCACAAACACUUCACUGAGGACAUUCAGACCAGACAGUACAGAGCUCUGGAGGUUCUGAUUGGAGCAGAGUAUGGACCACCUGCUGAUAUCUGGAGCACUGCCUGCAUGGCGUUUGAGUUGGCGACAGGAGAUUACCUGUUUGAACCUCACUCAGGAGAAGAUUACACCAGAGAUGAAGAUCACAUUGCUCACAUCAUCGAGCUGCUUGGUCCGAUUCCUCUGCCCUUCGCUCUGUCUGGCAGGUACUCCAGAGAGUACUUCAACAGGAGAGGUGAGCUGCGUCACAUCUCCAGUUUGAAGCCUUGGGGUCUGUUCGAGGUCCUUCUGGAGAAGUAUGAGUGGCCGCUGGAUCAGGCGGCUCAGUUCAGUGACUUCCUGUUGACCAUGUUGGAGCUUCAGCCUGAACGCAGAGCGACGGCCGCGCAGUGUCUGCAGCAUGCAUGGCUUCACACAUAAACACACACUGAUACACACACCGUGGUUGAGGAGUGUUAGAAGUGUCUCAUUAUGUCAGUGUUGAGUUCAAGUGUAGUAGGAAUUUAUCACCUCGACUGUCUGUGCAGAUCCAUCAACUGAUUGAUUGUUUGUAUGUUUCAGAAGCUUCUGUGUGUAAAAUACACGCAAGUCUAUUUUUGUGAAAUGAAACACUGUUCAGGUCGACAGAACGACAAACAGCUCCGAGCUUGUAACAUAGAAUUCUAAACAAACAGACGUUUGGAUUGAGUCCCAUUCACUACCUUCCUGGUGACCUUUGACCUCCAACAGAUCCCAUGAUGUGUCCGUUAGUUUCUUUCAGUUUAACUUUAAUUUCAGUUUCUGGUCUAACUACUUAUUUUCUUUCUAUGUACUCAUUUCAGAUUAUUGUCAAUUUUACACAUUUUGUGUUUUUCUGAUUCACUUCCUGCUUUCCCUCAGUAGCCCCAUUCACACUGCCGUUUGGAUACGGGGCUCCUGCACCAAACCGCCUCUGGAGGUAGUAUCAGGGCCGCAUUAUUGGAGCACUGAACCAGUGUGAAUGGAUAAGCCGGUGGCACGGAGAGGGGGCGUGUUGAUCGGACUGUCAGUUAACUACCCAGGUCCUUCACUCAACUUAAUACAGAGAAAUGUCCCACAAAGCAACAUUAACGUUACAUGACCAAACAACAGUAACUGUCUUUGGCAACUUAUGAGGAAAAAAUACCACAGAUAUACGUAGAGAAGUGUCUUUCCUCCCGCCCGUCCUACCGACUCUUCGUCACAUUUCUGCCCUAAAAACAGCGUCUGUCACCGGUAAAAAACUUUAACUCACCGCAUGUUUGUGAUGAAAAUAAAUCACUGCGACGAUCAGCCCUCCCGACCAAGACUUCAGGGAACUUUACCCCAGAAAACAGCCUCCCAUCCUGCGAGUGAAGGAGUCAGAUUGACAGGAGGACACCAAGGAACACUUUGAAGACACACCGACGUCAUCAUCAUCACCGUCACGCCUCUUUAGGAGCCGCGGCACCGGCUUUCUGUGUGAAUUCAUGGAGGUUUGCCUUUAAGGUGGAGAUGCUACACUCUGUGUGAAUCACCAUCAGCGGAGAAUUUGCGAACUGCGUGAUUGGGACUAGUGAUUAUUGAUCACAGACUCCCAAACCUCCCUGAUGAUGAUAGACAAGCAUACUGUAGCUGACCCUCUAACUGACACUGAUCACAGCACUGAGCUCUGUAACUCAAAGUGAAAGUGAGUUGUCCUCAGAGCACCUCUGAUCGCUCACCUGUUUCUAUGUUCAUAUAAUAAAUAGUGCCUUGAAAAUGACCGUGACCCCUUCUGCCUGUCAUAGUGACAUCACCAGUGACAUCAAGAGUUUUUUUUUUUUUUUUUACAUGUGAAAAUAUCUUCUUGUGUGAAAAUAAAGAUGAAUGAAAACUU